AUGACACGGUCAGCUGUUCCACUUGUAGAGACAGCUACAAAUAGGUUGUUGCCAUAUGUAAUAUCAGUCCAACCAUUGGCUACUGCAGCGUUUUCCAAUGUCCAUGAGGAUCCUGGUGGAGCUGGAGAUGGUGCACCAGAUGGAACAAAUGAGGGCUCACCAGAAGGCACAGCUGAUGGAGCUACAGAAGGGGUAACAGAAGGAAUAGAGGAAAGAGAAGGUAAAGUUGAAGGUGCCAAUGAUGGAAGCCUUGAGGGCUCUUUUGAUGGUGCAAAAGAAGGGACAGAAGAUGGAAACACAGAAGGCUGGCUUGUUGGUGCUGUAGAAGGUAUUGAUGUAGGUUCAAAUGAUGGAAUGGAGGACAAGGACGGUGCGCUUGAUGGAAGAGUCGAAGGUACUGAGGAUGGCAAUGAUGAAGGCUGGCUUGAGGGCUCAGAAGAUGGGAGUAAGGAAGGCAGUGCCGAAGGAAGCGAACUUGGUGCACUCGAGGGUUCAGAUGAAGGCAGAGACGACGGACCAGACGACGGCUCACUCGAGGGAAAAGGCGAUGGCGCUGAGGAUGGCAAUGAUGAGGGCUGGCUUGAGGGCUCAGAAGAUGGGAGUAAGGAAGGCAGUGCCGACGGAAGCGAACUUGGUGCACUCGAGGGUUCAGAUGAAGGCAGAGACGACGGACCAGACGACGGCUCACUCGAGGGAAAAGGCGAUGGCGCUGAGGAUGGCAAUGAUGAGGGCUGGCUUGAGGGCUCAGAAGAUGGGACCAAUGACGGGUUUGAUGAUGUAGAUGGUACACUGGACGGUAAUCUUGAAGGCACUGAAGUUGGCAUUGCUGAGGGUUGUGAAGAAGGUGACAACGAUGGGUCAAAUGAUGGCAUACUUGAGGGUACAAACGACGGUACCGAUGAUGGGUUCAAGGAUGGAAGAGUAGAUGACGGGGCUGAAGAUGGUGAAUUUGAAGGGACAGAAGUAGGAACCAAUGAGGGGAGUAAGGACGGGAUUGUUGACGGUAUAGAUGAAGGUGUAAAUGAAGGUAUACUGGACGGCUCU